AUGUAUAAUACGUAUACAGGGGUUACGAAAAUAUCUGAUCAAAAAUUGAAAGAUGAUGAGAACUUUUCUUUUCCAAUAGAGAAAUACUCACAAUCAGUGUCGGAGAGUAUAGAUGCAUUUGAUCAGUACAAAUAUGUAGAUAUAGAUGAGGAACGUAUUUUUGAAUUUCAUAUGAGUAAUGCAUGCAUAUCUGGCUGUUUAGAAAGUAUUAAGGAAUACCUUCAAUCACAUGAUGUAAAUGACUUUUUAUGCAAUGGAUGGACUCCACUAUUAUAUACUGCAUCGUGUUCUCAAGCAGAAGUCAUUGAGUAUCUUAUAAAAAAUGGAGCUGAUGUCAAUAAGCAUAAAGAUGGAUAUACUCCAUUAAUGGCUUUAUGCAGCACUACUAGAGGCACAAUAGAAGAUCGAAUGCAGUGUUUAACAUUACUUAUAAAAGAGAAAGCUAACGUAAAUGCCACUAGUAAACAAAGACAAACACCUUUGAUGUACGCCUGUACAUCACAAGAACCAGAAUUUGUAAUGGAAUUAUUAAAAUAUGUGAAAAACAUUAAUGCUUAUGAUAGUAGAAACCAAACUGCAUUAAUAUACGCAACUAUAGCAAACAAACUAGAUAUAGUAAAAAUAUUAAUAGAAAAAGGAGCUGAUACCACAUUAACUGAUAACAGUAAUUUAACUGCUAAGGAUAUAGCUUUAAUGAAAGGAUUUGACAAAAUACUGCCUUUAUUAAACUUUAAUGAAGAAGAAAUAGUAACUAUUAGUAAAACAUCUAAAAUAUGUGAUUGGAUGGAUAUGUUUUCAUCGUUAAAUAGUAUAAAUGAUCAGACUAUAGAUUUUGAUGUUUUCACAAUUUUACAUGGGAUGGGUUUAGAGAAAUAUACUCAUAACUUCAAAGGGAUGAGCCUUAAGAAUUUUCUAAAAUUAACUGAAAAUGACCUAUAUAAUUUAGGUGUUGAAAUUAAGGCACAUAGGAUACAGUUUAUGGAACAUCUCCAUAAAUUUCAUAGAAAAAGAUGGAGUAGACAAAGUAUUGGUGCUAUCGAUAAAACCUUAUCAUAUACAAUAUAUAACGGCGUAGUUUCUUUAGGUACUGUAUCCAAACAGAUUGCAAUUAUAGGUUCUAGUUUUCAAUACAUUAAAAAUAAUUUAUUGAAAGCGAAUAACGAGAAUAUACACUUAUCUUCAGAACAAAUAUCUAAUUAUAAGGAAGAACUGAAAAAAACACAAACUACUCUCGGUAUUCUUAAAAAGGAACUUCUACAAGUAUAUGAACUUUCUAAAAAGGUAAAGAAGGAAAAUGAUAUUGGUAUACCAGCUACAUAUAUAGGUCCAAAGAAAUGUGAUUCAAAAUGGCUACUACUCUUAAGUAUUAUGACAAUCACUGGAAUGUACUUAUUUAGGACAGUAUACAUGCCGAGAUUAAUUAAUAAUUAA